AUGGACGCUGCAAAAACAGAUCGCGACCGCUCUCGCUCUCCCAGAAGAUCCCCCGGGCCCCGCAAACCCAAAAACUUCAGCGGCCUCAAAUACAAAGGCGACCGCGAGCGUCGCGAUCCAGACAGACGACGCGACGACCGAGACAGAGAGAGGCGACCGCGAGAUUCUGACCGCGACUCCCGCCGAGACCAAGACAGAGAACGCGACCGCCGCCCACGAGACACCUCGCGCGACCGACGACGAGACUCAAGCCGCGACCGCGGUGACCGCCGUCGUCGAUCCCGCUCCCGCGACCGCAAACCACGAGACUCGACCCGCGACCGCGACAGCAAACCCAAGGAGAAGAAAGCCGCUGCGCCUGCCGCACCAUCUGAACCCAUGAUCCUCGUCACCAUCAACGAUCGUCUAGGCACCAAGACACAGGUCCCUUGCCUACCCAGCGACCCCAUCAAGCUACUGAAAGCCAUGGUUGCAGCGAAGAUUGGUAGACCGGUGCACGAGAUUAUGCUCAAGAGGCAGGGGGAGAGGCCAUUCCAUGAUAAUCUGACGUGUGCGGAUUAUGCGAUUAGCAACGGGGUGCAGAUUGAUCUGGAGUUGAAUACUGGGGAUUAG